AUGGAUAACAGUUACGAUCUCGAAGAUGAUGAAGAGAAGCACGCGGUAGUUGAAACAAAUGGAGUAUUUUAUAGUCGUUUUACAGCAUCACCGAGCGAUGAGCAAGUUUUAAACGAUUUACUCAAAAAAGGUAAUCGGAAAGUUCGUAAGCGACGUGCUGUACAGCAACCUAAACUUCGGGAUAUUGAACUAUGUGGGUCAAAAGGUUUUCUUGAACUAAGACGUAUGUUCGAUAAUUAUACACCAAAAAAUAAGAAUCCGUAUAAAGAUUUGCUGUUCAUGAUGAACCGUAUAGAAUACUGGGGGCAUUUAUUAUGUCCGAAAAUGAGAUUUGAAGAUUUUGUGACUCGCGUUGAAUCUUUAAGUGGUAAAAGAUUAAUCAAGACAACAUUGACAAAAAUGCGACUUGACAUGCCUCUUACUGAUGAAGAUUUUCAUGAAACUGCUGAAGAUAAAGAUAUAUCACAUACUAAUGGGAAACCAGCUCAUGCUGGGAAAAAUGAAUUCAGUAGUCUGCCACUAAAUGAUUCUGAUUUAUUUGAAGUUUUUGGUGAUCUGCUGGAUGAGUCUCCUUCAACAAAACAAUCUUCUUCAUCUUCCCAUCCAUUAACAUCUAAAUUAUCAUUUGAGCAAUUACAACGUAUUGAAAGCAAUAAAUUGCGUGCCCAACAACUUCUUCUUCAACGAGAAAAAAGGAAACAUUGCGAUCUGGAAAGUGUCUCGACAAAGGCCGAACAAUUCUCUAUAAAUAAAGAGAAUGUACAAAAGCCGAACACUUUAAAACCAGUUAAUGAAGAAGAGUCCCAAGAACCAAAAAAGUAUUGUGGUGAAACCAUGUUGGAUGAAAAUGAAGCAUUAGCUUUUCUAUUAUCUCCUACUUGA